AAAAGGUGCUUCAAGAUUCGGAAGCAUCUCGUUUUCAGCAAACUAAGAAAUUAAGAAGAAAAAAAAUAAAAAAGAACGAAAGAAAAAUUCCUCUACAUUUCAACCUCUCCGUCGCUCUGCGUUUUUAUUCUACAAACGAACUUCCCAGGAACAGGUGAUGAUCAGAAAUGGCGGAGGGGCAAUACGUGAAGCUGACCAAGAACCAGAAUUCCUCGGAGAACAUCACCCCUGGUGAACUUAAUCAACCCAUUGAUGUCCCAGCGCUGAACGGUCCCAGAUGUGAAGAAUGUGGACAGCCUUUGCCAGCUAGCUACUUGCCCCCGGCUGAUGAAGAAUGGGCAACUGGGAUUUUUGGUUGUGCUGACGAUCAAGAGAGUUGCUUCAUUGGAUUGUUUUGCCCGUGUAUACUAUUCGGGCGCAAUGUCGCAAACUUGAUCGAAGACAUCUCUCAGCAAAAUGCGUGUAUUGGUCAUGCAGUAUGCGUUGAAGGUGGCAUUGCACUUGCUGCCGCUACAGCAGCAUUCCAUGGUAUAGAUCCCGAUACAGCAUGCCUAAUCACCGAGGGCUUGUUGUUUGCCUGGUGGGUCUGUGCAAUCUACACCGGCAUGGGCCGAAGAGUGUUGCAGAGAAAGUAUCAUUUGAAGGAUUCACCUUGUGAUCCAUGCAUGGUGCACUGCUGCCUCCACUGGUGUGCCAUAUGCCAGGAGCACAGAGAGAGGCUGAACCAUCUCUCCGAAUGCAGCGCAUCGUCCCCCACCGCAGUAAAUCCCCCACCAGUUCAGGAGAUGAAUGCUGCUGAGAGGCAAGUGACGGCAUCAUCUUCUCAGCCGGCAGACGGACAUAAUAAUUUGCAGCUACAGCCUGUCUGAAGAAGUCUUAACUCCUCGUGGUGAUCUUAGAAUUUUCAUUUGCGAUGGAGGAAAACUGAGUUUCUUGAUUAGCUUAAUAAAGAGAAAAUGAAAGGUUAUGGAGUCUGCAUUUUCUGCUAGUUUGAUAUUGUUUUUGUAGUCUGCUUUUUAGCUGAAUUACAUAUAUAGCCUGUUAAAAGCAUACAUUGUUAAUUUUGAUUUUGCUUUUGGUGUUUAAUGUGGCUGCUACGGUAUUCCAAGGCAAAAAAUGAUGCAUGAAGAAUCUGGCUUAUCAUUCUUGUAUUUGCUUUAUCUUCU